AACCACGAACCACUCCUCCUACAGAAAUCACCUGCCGGCCUGGCCUUUCCGUAGCUACAACCGAAGCCACCACCAGCAGUCCAGCACGACUAGCGGAAUAAUAUCCACCGGCGACGGGAACGGGAGGCGGCGCGGCCGGAGAUUCGAAGCGAUGGCGUUCACGAUGCGGGCAGUGAAGGUGCCUCCGAACUCGGCCUCGCUGGAGGAGGCCCGGCACCGCGUCUUCGAUUUCUUCAAGCAGGCAUGCCGCUCUAUCCCCACCGUCAUGGAGAUCUACAACCUCGACGACGUUGUCACGCCCUCUCAGCUCCGCUCGACCAUCGCUAAGGAGAUCCGUAAAAACCAGAACGUCACCAACCCCAAGGUGAUUGAUAUGCUUCUGUUCAACGCGACGGAGGAGCUGAACAACAUAGUCGAACAUGCAAAGCAGCGCCAUCAUGUGAUUGGGCAGUAUGUGAUCGGCCAAGAGGGCCUGGUGCACGAGCUGGGGUCGAAGGAUCUAGGGAACUCUGACUUUCUGAAGAAAUUCUACACAAGCAAUUACUUCUGAUCUGUGUUGCAGAUUUACAACAUCUGGUAUACUCCGGGUGGUGCUCUGAAUAAGACGACACUGAGGACCUAUCAGGACCGAUUGUUUCGCACUGGAGGUUUUGAUCUAUUUGGCUCUUGAAUCCUCUGUUCAAUGUGAUACUGCUGUCAGCUGUUUGUCUUGUUUACUGUUGUACUUAUCAAAUUGAUGUUGAUGUUUUAGUCGAUUCGAGUAAUCGAGUCU